AUGAUGGUGCACCGUGUUUUGUGUUUUCUCGCUUUGCUUGUGAGUGUCGACUGUCUCUGUCUGGUAGCUGCAGGGACUCAAACUGUAAAUGAGGCUGAUUCCGCUUGCCGAGAAGGUGAUAGUAGUGGUUGUGCUGCUGGUGCUGCUGGUCCUCCUCGAACUUCUGGUGGUGAUAUUGCAAGGGACGCUGCUGGUGAUGAUGCUUGUCCUGAAGGCAAGACCGGUACUCCGUGUCCUGAUAUCGGUGGUUUACCUGAAGCUGGUCGUACUGCUUGUGCGGAAUCAUCUAGGUCAGAUGGUUGCCCUCCUGAGGAUCGCGACGCUCAAAAGAAUUGCACUCCUGGUUCUGAAACCUCAUGUCAUCCAACUAAACCAAAUGAACCGGAUCAUGCUAAAACAAAUGAAAAACAUGAAAAAAAUUCUAACGAACCUCCAGCUCUCAAUAGUGAUAGCCGUCCUGCAAAUGACCGGAAUUCCGCUUCUAAUGCACGACCUCAAGAUCUUGCUGAAACACCUGUUCCUGUUCCUGUUCCUGUUCCUGUUCCUCCUAGUGAAAAAGAGAAUCCAGAUACUCAAGGUGGAAACAGCUCACGUGGUGGUGCUUAUUCCGCUGCGGGGAGUAGCGAUGCUCCUGCCGUUGAAGGUCAAACUGGAAGUCGCGGCGCCAGUACAACAGAAGGAAGUGAACUCCACCAAAGAAAUGAAGCGGCACAACCUUCUUCUCCUAAUACUUCAGCCACAGGGAGUGAUGUUGGUUCUGAUACUGCAAACGCUGGAAAUGGCACUACUACUCCAGAGGGUGAAUCAACAAAUAACCCAUCUGUUUUGGAAAGUACAGAUACGACGACCACCACCACCACAACAACAACCACAACACUUCCCCCUGAACUCACAAACAACAAGAAGGGUGAUGCAGACAGCAGCAGCAGUAUCAGCAGUUCUGUGUGGGUGCGUGUACCACUACUGAUUGUGGUUACACUGGCCUGUAUUCUUGUGUGCUGA